CACCAUCAUCAUCAUCAUCACCUCCAAAUACCUCUACCUUCUUCCCACACUCCUUCGCUGAAGUCGUACCCAUCGUUCUCUAUCGACCUUGUCCACGUCCAAGCCUCGUCAUCCUUUGUACCCACUGUACAUCUUUGACUCAGAGCCGGUCACCUGACCAAUCCUGAUACCGGUGCCAAGGCAACAUCAUUGCUAUAAUACGCUCCUCAAAUCUGAACUUCCAUUCAGGACUUUCGACACUCUCCACUUGGAAUUAUCUUCUUGUUUCUUCCAGGUACUCUAACAUUGUCCUUGAGGCCUUCAUUGGACCUACGAGGACUUUCUUCUUCUUCUUCCUCCCAUCUCAGCAUGUACCCGACGCCACCAGCAUCUCCUACUCACAAUGGAUUCUGUACGCCGGAAGACCGACUAGGACAAGUCCUUGCUGGAAGAUUACAACUUACUGGAAUCCUUGGAGUAGGAGCAUACGGUGUUGUCUACACAGCGGUUGACAUUCAAACAAACAUUCCAUAUGCUGUGAAGGCACUCAAUAAAGUAGGGCUUGAGCCUCGCCAGCGGAAAUUUCAGCAACGGGAAAUCCAGCUUCAUCACCAGGCCGGUGCUCACCCCAAUGUAGUCUCACUGGUCAAGAUUAUGGAUGCCCCGGACUGCACUUAUGUUGUCAUGGAAUACUGCCCAGAAGGUGACUUGUUCUCGAACAUCACAGAGCAGGGCAAGUAUGUUGGCAACGAUGACCUGAUCAAGCGAGCUUUCCUUCAGAUUUUGGAUGCCGUGGAGUACUGCCAUUCCAUCGGAAUCUACCACAGGGACCUAAAGCCGGAAAAUGUCUUGGUCACUGACCAGGGCAUGACAUGCAAACUCGCUGAUUUUGGACUUGCCACCACUGACCACGUCACCUCGGAUUUUGGAUGCGGCUCCACGUUUUACAUGUCACCUGCACCCAAGGCCUACUCAUGUUAUGCCUCGGCGCCCAAUGACGUGUGGAGUCUUGGUGUCAUGCUCGUCAACUUGACUUGUGGGCGCAACCCCUGGAAGCGUGCUUCUUUCGAGGACAGCACUUUCCGUGCAUUCAUGAAGGACCCUAAGUUCCUGCGCUCCAUUCUGCCUAUCUCACUCGAGUUGGAUGCGCUUCUCCAAAGGAUGUUUGAAUUCAACCCAGCGAAAAGAGCGACCAUCCCCGAGAUUCGUGAGAUGAUCCUUCGCUGCCCCUCCUUCUCACCGUCAAGGUCAGCGGUCUCAUCACCACUUCCUUCUCCUCCAUUCAGCCCGGUGGAUUAUGCGCAGGAACAGAUCUUCAACGGAUGUUACCAGGUUCCAUCCAUCCCGUCUGUUGCUCCUCUUCCCGGCCCAGCCUACUCGCCUGCGCCAUUUCAACACUCCACAUCUUCAGGCAGCUCAGACUCAGACAAUGAUUCUGUGUUCUCUUCCUGCUCUUCAGCCUCUUCAGCCUCGUCUACAUCUUCUUACCGAAAUAUUUCGCCGGCCCCAGUUCACAAAUUUUCUUCUCGGGUUCCUCAGCCAACAUACGUUUCACCUCAGCCUGCAGGCAAUACUUGGUUCCAGCCUUUCAUCCAGGCCGCCAACAUUGUCAAGCAUGUGUCAUUUCAGCCCUCGAUGAUGGCUCAGCCUGUCCACGUCUACUAA